AAUGGAGACCGAUUGUAUACACGAGCGAAAAGAAAGAACGCCAACUUUCGACAAUCAUAUCGUUGUAAAAAUACAUGAAAUCCUAACGUUACGUACGUCAAUAUAUAAAAACUGACGAUAAUUAUCAGAAAUCGAACAGUUUGGACAGGUAGGUCUCGAUUUUAAAAGGACCCAGUAAGUGAUAGAGCACAAAAUGCAGAUGUCGCUUUAAAGAACAUAAAUAGGGAAGAGGCGCCGUGGUUCAUUUUAGUGGCAGGCGGUGCGUUGAGGUGGAUAAUUAUAUUUGCUGGGAAAUGGCGACGGAUGACGAGACGCGUGUGGCCGAUAAAGGUCUUCCGAGAAGCGAAGAAGUGUCGUUUUUGAAUAUUCCGGACGACGUGGACGAUUUCCAUCGCCGCUAUCAAUCUCCUCUGACAUCGAGAUAUGCCAGUCAGGAAAUGGCUUACAACUUCAGCGACCAUCGGAAAUUCUCCACCUGGAGGCGACUCUGGGUCAUUUUGGCCAAAGCCGAGCAGAAAUUAGGUAUUCCCGUCACCGACGAACAAAUUCGAGAAAUGGAGAACUUUGUGGGCAAGAUUGACUUUCAGCAGGCGGCUGAAGAAGAAAAACUGACCAGACACGAUGUCAUGGCUCACGUUCGUGUCUUCGGCAAGUGCUGUCCGGCAGCGGCUCCGAUCAUUCAUCUUGGUGCCACAUCUUGUUACGUCGGAGAUAAUACGGAUUUAAUAAUGAUGAGAGAUGGAUUGAAUAUUUUGUUACCAAAAUUAGCACGCUGCAUCCACAAAUUGGCAAAAUUUGCUGAAGAUUACAAGGACCUGCCAACUCUUUCCUAUACACACUUUCAACCGGCUCAGCUGACGACGGUUGGCAAACGUACCUGUCUCUGGGUGUCCGACUUACUUGCCGAUCUCAGAAACUUAACCAGGGUGCGCGACGAAUUAAAAUUCAGAGGCGUGAAGGGAACGACAGGAACUCAAGCUAGCUUUCUACAGUUAUUCAAUGGUGAUGAAGCAAAAGUCAAAGAAUUGGAUAUGCUUGUGACAAAAAUGGCUGGAUUCAAAAGUUGUUAUAAAAUAUGCGGACAGACAUACAGUCGAAAGAUUGACGUAGAAGUCCUUUCUGCUCUGGCGGGUUUAGGUGCGUCAAUUCACAAGAUUUGUACAGAUAUUAGACUUUUAUCGAACUUAAAAGAAGUAGAAGAGCCUUUUGAGAAAACACAAAUAGGUUCCAGUGCUAUGCCAUAUAAAAGAAAUCCCAUGCGAUCCGAAAGAUGUUGUUCCUUGGCUCGACAUCUAAUGGAUCUGCUCGUGAAUCCUUUGCAUACGGCUGCUAAUCAGUGGAUGGAACGAACAUUAGACGAUAGCGCGAACAGGCGCAUUACCCUACCAGAAGCAUUUUUAACAGCAGACAUCAUAUUGCAUACCCUACAGAACAUAUCAGAGCGUCUCGAUAUACAUCCUAUGGUAAUAGAGCGACACGUAAAUCAGGAAUUGCCGUUCAUGGCAACAGAAAACGUUAUUAUGGCAAUGGUUAAAGCCGGAGGAAAUAGACAAGACUGCCACGAAAAAAUUAGAGUUCAUUCGCAUCAAGCCGCUGCGGUCGUGAAAGACGAAGGUAAAGAUAACGACCUGGUGGAAAGAAUCGAAAGGGAUGCUUAUUUUGCACCGAUUCAUAAUGACCUGAAAAACCUUCUCGACCCAAAAACGUUCAUCGGAAGAGCUCCAAAUCAAGUUAAAGAAUUCUUGGAAGAGGAAGUGAAACCUGCUUUGAAACCAUUUCAACGACUCUUAGAUGCCCAAGCCGAAUUAAAUGUCUAAAAUUGCACACAAAAUUUCUUUUCACACGUUUUCUUACAAUAAAAUAAUGCUUGAAUAUAAGAGAAUAAAUUUAUAGUCUGGAAUUCUAUCAAA